CGCCGAGCGACGUCCCGCCCAGUCCGCCCAGGAGCCACCACCGCGCGCAUCCCAGUGGCAACUUUGCCCCCAACCGUAACCUCAUUGAGCCGCCAACGCGCGUCGCGACGCCAGUAGGCAAAGACAAGAACAGUGGCGGUCCAAAGCUGUUCCGUUUUCCCACGGCGCAGGAGGAGAAGGACAAGUACAACCGCUUCUUCAAGGGCACGACGACGUUGGCUGCAUAUGACAUGGGCCUCAAGCUUGGCGAGGGCACGUUCGGUGUAGUCACCAAGGCGGUAGAGUUGGCGAGCAAGAAGACUGUUGCGCUCAAGAAGCUCAUCGAGCACAAUUAUCGCGACGGUGUGUCGAUGACGACUGUGCGCGAAAUCAAGAUCCUGAAGACGCUGCCAAAGCACCCUAACAUCGUCCCUCUUCUUGACAUGGUUGUCCAUCGGAAAAUACCCUCGGACCGCAGCCAGCGCGGCGAAAUAUUCAUGGUGUUUCCCUUCGUCGACCACGACCUCUGCGGCCUCCUUCUGAACAAGGACUUUCGCAUGUCGCACUCUACCGCCAAGUUGAUUUUUAAGCAGAUUCUCGAGGGGCUGCACCACAUCCACGUUAACAACAUUGUCCACCGCGACCUGAAAACGGCCAACAUUCUCGUGUCGAAAGAGGGCCACGCCAUGAUUGCCGACUUUGGUCUGGCGCGCACAUGGGGUGUGGAGGCGAUGCCCAAACACUCGCCACACGAGUACACCAACAUGGUCGUGACGCGGUGGUACCGCGCGCCCGAGCUGCUGCUCGGCGACACGAAGUAUGGCACAGCCGUGGACAUGUGGAGCAUGGGCUGCAUCCUGGGGGAGAUGUACCACCGCGAGCCGAUUUUCGCGGGGCACUCUGAACAGGACCAGCCGAACCGGAUUUUCUGGCGGACCGGUCCGCCCUCCCAAUCUUCUUGGCCCGGAUGGGACAAGCUUCCGGGGCACGCCGAGCUGCCGGGGCACGCAUGGGACAAGGCGCCCCAAGGUCCCUCGCUACUGCACUACGCGCGCCAGUGGCAGAUGGACCGUGUCGGCGCCGACCUCAUGUGCCAGCUCCUCCAACUAGACCCGGCGCGGCGCCCGAGCGCCGCGGCGGCCCUCGAACACCCGUGGUUCACCGUCAACCCGCUCCCCGCGAAGCUGGGGAGCAUCCCCGUCGUCGAGUCGAGCCACGAAAUGACCUCGCGCGACCGCAACAUGCCCGCGCAGCCGCAGCCGCAACCGCAGCCGCCCGCGCGCGCACCAGCU